AUGGGGGAACAAAACAAGUUCCAUCUAGGUUCAGAAGCCGAGGCUGCGACCCAGAAGUCUAUACGGGCUCUUGUAGCACAUUCUCGAAAAGCAGGAAAAUCCGAGCCCAUCUACCUCAUAAUCAAUACUGUUAAACCCAUGGUUCGCAAAAAAGAUUACACUCCAAGAAUCAUCCCUGUAACCAACAAAAUCGGCAGAUUGCAAGACAAAUCUGUGCUUCUUGUGACAAAAGAUCCCUCAACUCCCUACCGUCAUGCCCUCACCGAAAAAGAUAGUGCUACAGAAGACGUUUUUAACCAGAUCUAUACGUUGACCAAAUUGAAGUCGCUCGCCAAAGAUCCCAAGAAACUCAGCUUAAUGUUCAAGGAAUAUGAUCUUGUGGUAUCAGAUAACCGAAUCCACAAGUUUCUCCCCGAUAUCCUCGGCGCACAGUUUUUUUUGAAGAACAAGAAGAUUCCAUUCAUGGUUCAAAUGGCCCGUCCAUCACCAGAGUCACAGGCUCAAUUGACCAAAUCCAAGCUGUCUACGAAACUCAAAGACAAUCGCUGUGAGCCCAAGUAUGUGUAUUCGCAAAUGAAAGCCAUAGCGAGAAACACCUAUUUUAUUCCGUCAGCAAAGGGAACUUGUGUUUCCAUUGUCAUCGGCCACACCGAAAUGGAGACACCAGCAAUUGUUACCAACCUCAACGACGUAAUUGGAUACUUGGUUGACCUGAAAAACUUGCCUGUGGGAGGAUUAUUGCGGACAAUUGAGAAUAUAGUGAGUGUCCAUGUAAAAACCAGCGAGAGUGUGAGCAUGGAGAUCAAAAAGGAGAAAGGUAUCGAAGAAAAAAACUAG